AUGAAGGCCCAGGUCUCUUCACUUUGCUGCUUGGUGCUUCUUCUGGCCGUAGAACAUUCCCAUUCCAGAUCCAAGAUUCACCGAAAAGAUGGAGAGAAACUUCAAAGUCCCCCAGGGCCUGGGAAUGCUAAGCCUGGAAGAACACAAGAGGGAUGCCACGGGUCCUGUGUCUCCUCUUCCACCUGCAGUGAGCCCUGUGCUAAACACUUCCGAGGACAAGUGGGGUUCACGUGUCAUCAAAACACGUGGCAAAAAUCCACCGAGACGUGCACCAGCCUAUCAGUGGAAGCACUUUUUAAGGACUCGAGUGGAGCGUCACAGCUUUCCUUGGCCUCAUCAUCUAUUCCUCUACACAUUCUUGGCUUCCGAGCUCCACAGCCCAUUGAGAACGUCGUGCAGGGAAUCCUGCAGCACUGCCCCCUGGAUUAUUCUUGCAUCGUCCAGGCUGUGAGGUCGUCCGAGGCCACGUCGGGAAAUAUUGCCUUCGUAGUGGAGUUACUGAAAAACAUCUCUGCUCACUUGUCUGAGGAUGUCACUCAGGAGAAGAUGCAGAGCUACAGCGCGCUGGCCAGCCACGUCCUGCAGCCCGCCGCCCUUUCCAACUGGUCCUUCGUCCCGGACCGCAACGCCAGCUCGGACCUGCUGGCGGCGGCCGGCCAGUUCGCGGGGCGGCUCCGCCCGGAGGCCGGCGGGGCGGAGCGCGCGGCGGGGCCGCUCUUCAUGCAGACCCGGGGCGCUCGCCUGCUCCGCAACGCCUCCCACCCGAGCCUGACCUUCUCCUGGGGCGCCAACCGGACGGCGGGGGGCGGCCUCCUGGGGCGGAUAGACAUCCCGCGCGGGGAGCUGCGGGGCCUGCCCCCCGGGCCGGCCCGGGCCGUGGGCGUGGCCUUCCCCACGCUGGGCGCGGUGCUGGGCGGCCCGGAGCGCGGCGCGGCCGGGACGGUGCUGUCCGUGGUGCUGCCCGAGAGGCUGCAGGAGGUGCUGCUCACCUUCGAGAAGGGCGGCGGCUCGCCCGACGGCCCGGCCCGGUGCGUGGGCUGGCACGCGUCCCGCAGGGCGUGGGACCCGCACGCGUGCCGCACCGUGUGGGACCUGCGCGGCCAGGUCGGCUGCUGCUGCCGCCGCUCGCAGGCCGUGACGUCCUUCUCCAUCCUCAUGUCCCCCGCGACGCGGACGGAGACGGCGCUGGGGUACCUGACGGGCGCGGCGCUCGGCGUGUCGGUGCUCAGCCUGGCACUCUGCCUGCUGGCCGAGGCCCUGGCCUGGUCGCAGGUGGCGGCCACGGAGAUCUCGUACCUGCGGCACGUGUGCAUCGUGAACAUCGCCGCCUCGCUGCUGGCGGCCGACCUGUGGUUCCUGGUGGGCGCGCACGCCCGCAUCCAGAGCCGCGCGUGGUGCGUGGCCGUGGCCUUCUUCAGCCACCUCUCCUACCUCUCCGCCUUCUUCUGGAUGCUCUUCAAGGCGCUGCUCAUCGUCUACGGCGUCCUGGUGGUCUUCCAGCGGCUGCUCAAGGCGCGCAUGCUGGCCGCGGGCUUCGCCGUGGGCUACGGCUGCCCGCUGGUGAUCGCGCUGACCACCGUGGCCGUCACGCAGCCCCAGGGCGGCUACCUCCGGUGCGACGCCUGCUGGCUCGCCUGGGACCGCACCAAGGCCCUGCUGGCCUUCGCGCUGCCCGCGCUGGCCGUGGUGGCCGUGAACCUCGCCGUGGUGCUGGCCGUGGCCGUGGCCGCGCACAGGCCCUCGCGCGGCGGCGCCAAGGCCCGGCCCGCGGCCGCCGUGCUGCGCGUCGGCAAGACCGUGGCCGUGCUCACCCCGCUGCUGGGCCUCACCUGGGGCUUCGGCGUGGCCACGCUGGUGGAGGGCGCGCCCCUGGCCUUCCACGGCAUCUUCGCCCUGCUCAACGCUCUGCAGGGCUUCUUCAUCCUGCUGUUCGGAACCAUUAUGGACCACAAGAUAAGAGAUGCUUUGAGGUUGAGGAUGGCUUCACUGAGGAGGAGAUCCAGGGCAGCAGAGGAUGCAUCCUUGAGUCCAACCAAUGGAUCAAGAUUAAUGAAUCGCUGA